AUGCAAUGCUUAUAUCACCUUUAUCAAAAUAUUUCAAAGAACUUUCGUUCAUGUUUAGGAUCAUUUUACCAUGAUUUCCUUAAGGAUUUUAAAAAUAUUCAGCGUUCUCACUGUGAAGAAGUAUUUAAACAGAGAAUUCAAGGUCUAAUUAAAAAAUACAAAGCAGUGGAAAAAUAUAUAACAAUGUUAUUAGAUCGAAAAUAUACAUGGGUAAAGUGCUUCACAUCUUGCUGCUUUACAGCAGGAACACAAUCAACACAACGUGUCGAAUCAGAGAAUGAAUUAAUUAAAAAGGCUAUACAGUCAAGCUCUUCUUUUUUGGAAGUUCAAGAAGCUCUGGAAAAUCGACUUGAAUUUGAGUCGAUUAAUAAUCGCUAUUCAAUUUGGAAAUCAUCAACAUUACAGUAUACUCAACCAUUUAUUAUACAAACAUUUUUUACCAGUAUUGAUCAUAUAAUGAAAAAAUUUCUUACUCAACCAAUUCAUGAUGCACAUUAUAAGCAAAUGUGUCAAUCCGUAUGUUACCUUGCAUGUCAAGUAUCUAUGUCAGAAAUUUUAUUAUCUAAUGAUGAUUUGUUUGAACCAUUUUUUGAAAAAGAACCGGAUGAUAAUUUAGAUAUUCUACUUGAAGCAGAUAAAGAUCGAGAACUUAAUUUACAAUCUUUAAUUUCAAUGGUUAACCACAAUGAGAUUUUAGAAAUUUGGAAA